GUCGCUUCGGUAUCAGGUGAUCUUCGUAAAGCGUUGGAUAUUCUAAGGCGUGCAACACAAUUGGCAAUUAAUUACAAGGCGAAACAGCUGACCAUGAAACAUGUACAAGAUGCUGUGAAAGAAGCUUCAACAACGGCUAGUGUUGACUUGGUGCAUUCAUUGUCACGACAUUCUUUGAUGAUCCUUCGUUCGGCUUUAGCAGAACAAAUUAGUUGUGGUUAG